GUGACACAGGGCUGUAAAUCCGAAAGAAGCAUAUAUGUAGACUGAAGGCAUUAUUUCGCUGCAAAACUCGACUUAGUAACAAAUUCGUAAUACCCAUAAUGGUGCUCGCCGUGAUCGAUUUGUAAAACAACACUAGCAGCGAAUGCGACAGCAACGAGCGUGGUAUGUGGUCUGUGCAAAGAUUUUGAAAUGUAUGUGUGAAACUUAACGAUUCGGAAGCGUUCAGGUUCGCCGUGCGCUUCUCAUGCAACCAAUGAGCGAUAGCAAAAGGACUGUCCUCUGAAGCAAUUUGUUGUUGGAUGAGGAAUCAAGAUCAAAGCUCAGACAGAUUAGAUGCAAAGCGGAGGAGUAAAAGCCUAGAGGAGUGUCAUUUUCCCAGCGGGCCUCAGCUUGUGGAAGGAACUACCGAGCGCCAGAAUUCACUCACCAAUUUUCUGAGCUUUAAUAUAUUGAGUGGUCUGUGCGGGCGCCGUCUGUACAACAAACUAAAUGGCAGUACAGGACAACAAAUACAGAUAAUCACGGAAGCUACCAAGGAGUGUCCACUAACCUACACAAAAUCAAAACCAAUUGCCGAAACUGUUCCUUCCACAUCCAAAGCUCUGCCCAAAAGCUUACCCAGCCCGCAGGAGCCAUCAACAGUCUAUGACGGUACAUUUGAAACUACCCGCAACGAAGGCCAGUCCAUAUUUAGCACAGAGAGCAGGCAGCGAGCAGGAACACUGCUGUCAGGACGCUUUAGCCGCAACCAGCAAAUCACAUCCAGUCAUUAUGGACUAUUUCACCAUCAACAGAACCUAAAUCAUACACAAAAGUACAAAUUAGGUGGUAUACGAAGAGGCACACCACCGCCAAGUGAUUUCAUUUAUGACUUCAUAGUAAAUGACAUCGAAGGGGCUCCACAAUCCACUGCGAAUAAUCCAGCAAAUUUAAAGUUUGAUAGCGUCUAUUGGGACCAUAAUUCGAAACAAAGCACAGAGUCAAAUAGAUGCACAAACCCGAGUAAUGAGAAAUCCCGUACACUAGUUAAAAGCUCUGUAAGCGAUGAUCGUGAAUAUUCAUUUAGACGGAAUUCACCAUUAAAGAGCAAUGCUCGCUCACUUGAUAAUCAGAUUAAGUCUCGCUCAAUAAAGAAUUGCCUUUGGUCGGAGAGAAGACGUCAUUACUGGCCUCUCCAAUUAAAUAGGCCAGUCGAACAAUGCCCGUUGUUUUGUUUAACGACUACACCUGUCCUAAUUGAUGCUGUUGUUAAACAAAAAGCGGAAGCACCCCAGCAAGUAAUUCAUGCAUCGAAAUCAUUGUCGUUAAGCAGCGAAAAUUGUGUCUCAGACUUAAGGUACAAAAAGCAGAAAUCAUUGCCACAUUCAUUGAACUUAACAAAUGCCGAAGACAGCGAUUCAGUCAUUGCCGCUCAGACAUUUUAUAACGAUGAACCAGAGCCCGAGCUAAACAUUACAAAUAAAAGCGAAAGCGAGAAUUCGUCCAUUGAGGUGGAAAGCAACAGCCGAUUUGAAACAAAGCCUAGAGGACGACUCGAACGGCAAAACGAGCUGCAAAGUAGUUUAUCUGUUGGCUCGAACGCCUCUAUAUACAGCGAGCGUUAUGGGACAGCGGUAGAGGUCCUAGAAGAUGCAUCAUCAUCCUAUAGGUCAAGCACAAUUGGCGAAUUUAUCUCACAUCUAGAGCUGUACGAAUUUCAAGAAGCAGGUGCGGACAAGAAACAAGAAACGCCGAGCUCUGUGGCGACCGGUCCCCCAAAUCUAGUGAUGCCCAUGUCAUAUAACGCCGAACCAUUAAACAAUUUUGCUCAACCGGGCCUCUCAUCCAAUGCAUCCUCCUUCAUAUUACCCAAAAAUUCACCAGCUGUUGGUAUUCCCGAGGGCGGCAAAGAAACAGGCGCAGCAACAGCAGCAUCUGUCUUGUCAUCGGUUUCAGUUUCACCAGUGCAAUAUAAUAAUAAUAGUGGCAUAAAAGAUACCUACAAACCAAACUUAUCGGCAACAGCUCUCAAUAAUAAUAACGGUGGCAAACCCUGCAAUAGCUCAACUGUGAUCCAGUUUAAUAACAACAUUUUCAGAGUAAUGGUUGGCACACAACAGAACAGUAAUCAUAUACGUUUGCCAGGUACAUCGAUUAGGGAUGCCAGUACAUUUACCGGCGACUUGGAUGCCACAUCGAUCGAUAUGCAAAUUGGCAAACAGCCAUCACCAACAAUGCCCCAAAUAGACAGUGUUCACAUAAAUCCCAAUAAUUUGACUCAUCAAAGCUGUGUAGGAGGUAUGGGAGAUACUUAUUAUAGUAGCAGCUUUAGCUCGGCCAUGUUCCCGGAUGUGUCAUCAGCCCAUAGGAAACUGCAUUCACAAACUCAGCCGCCAUCGCAGGAGUUUUCUAGCUACAUUGGAGACAGCAAAAGCUUAGAUCACGCAUCAAGUACAGAUGGAUGUGCGGUCUCGAGGUCCAUUCAAGCUGUCUCUCUACAAAAUGUUAACUCAACGGCCACAUCGAAAACAGAAAUUGUUAAAAAUCCAUCAGUUGUAGUUCCGGUGCCACUACCACCUAAAGAAUCGUCAUUGAGCUCAGCAGGCAGUGCUGCUGCAGGAUCUGGAGCUGAGUCUCUGGCACUGGUCAAACAACAUUCAGUAAAAGCUAGUGAUCUGUACUCAUUUCAUGAGCAAAUCAUAAUGUCUGGUCAGCAAAAGAGCGCACUACAGGAAAAGCCCAAGGCCCUUGUCGUAUCACCACAGCAAGUUAUGAUCCUUUAUAUGCACAAACUAACACCAUACGAGCGCACUGAAAUACUUGCCUAUCCGCAAAUUUACUUUAUUGGGGCCAAUGCCAAGAAACGUCCGGGCAUCUAUGGACCAAACAACUCUGACUACGACAAUGAGCAAGGUGCUUACAUUCAUAUACCGCACGAUCAUGUCGCGUAUCGCUACGAAAUGUUAAAGAUUAUUGGUAAAGGUAGCUUCGGGCAGGUAAUCAAGGCGUACGAUCAUAAAACCCACGAGCACGUCGCCUUAAAAAUUGUACGCAAUGAAAAACGCUUCCAUCGACAGGCCCAGGAGGAGAUACGGAUUUUGCAUCAUCUGCGCCGUCACGAUAAAUACAACACCAUGAACAUUAUACACAUGUAUGACUACUUCACCUUUCGCAAUCACACAUGCAUCACAUUCGAGCUCCUGAGCAUCAACCUUUACGAACUGAUCAAGAAAAACGGAUUCAAGGGCUUCAGUUUGCAGUUGGUGCGUAAAUUUGCUCACUCGUUGCUUCAGUGCUUGGAUGCGCUGUACAAAAAUGAGAUUAUUCAUUGUGAUAUGAAGCCGGAAAACGUACUAUUGAAACAGCAGGGACGAUCCGGCAUUAAGGUCAUUGACUUUGGCUCGUCGUGCUUUGAAAGUCAACGCGUUUACACGUACAUACAGUCGAGAUUUUAUCGAGCGCCCGAGGUAAUAUUGGGCGCUAAAUAUGGCCGAGCCAUUGAUAUGUGGUCUUUGGGAUGUAUUCUGGCUGAGCUUCUUUCGGGCCAUGCUCUGUUCCCUGGAGAAAACGAAAGCGAUCAGCUAGCCUGUAUUAUCGAAGUGCUUGGCAUGCCCAGUAAAACUUUGUUAGCCAAUUCGAAGCGUGCGAAAACGUUUUUCAGCCCCAAGGGUUAUCCUCGCUAUUGCACAGUGCGCACAACAUCUGAUGGCAUGGUCGUUCUCAUCGGUGGACAGUCGCGCCGCGGCAAGCCACGUGGUCCUCCAUGCUCGAAAAGUCUAUCCAAGGCUCUGGAUGGUUGCAAAGAUCCGCUAUUUCUCAACUUCAUUCGCGGCUGUCUGGAGUGGGACGCAGAUAAGCGAUUAACGCCCGCUGAAGCCUUAAAACAUCCUUGGCUGCGUCGUCGCUUGCCCCGGCCCCCGAGCAGCACUGGGGGACCAAGCAGCAUUGGCGGCGGCAGCGUGAGCGGUGAUCAAUCACCCGUAACAGGUAUUAAUCCGAAUUGUGCAAAUGAAGCGGCGACCUCGUCGGCUGCCUCGUCGAUCAUGGAAAGGGAGAACAGCAAUUGUAGUGGACGUGUCAAUCACGGUGGCAUUACCGACAGUGAAUUCAAACGUAGCACUAGCAUUUCCAGCACUGAAGCAUCAGCUACCAAUGCAGCUGUGGCCGUCACCUCAGCGGCCGAUAUGCUCUCUGAAAGCUUCAGCAAAGCGAUGGUCAAAUGCCCAACCACAACGGAUGGGAUGCCUUUGAUGCCCGGGCACUCAACUACUGACUGUACCACAUCAAGUGGACCCAUUAUAAGCGCCUCUAGUAAUAUGGGCGUUGCCGUGGGAUCCUCUAGAUUUCCUUCAUCUUUGUCAUACUGGACGCACGUGGGAUCCAAUGGAACAACCGAACGUAGAACCGCAGCCGGCAACAUUAACAACUCGUUAAAAGGCGCCACAAAUCUAGCAACACUAUCGGCACAAUCUCUAUCGCACAUGACGGACCCCAGCACAAAGCCCCUUGCAUUCUCUUUAUACGCUGCUUCGACCACACCCAUUUUAGCAACAGCUGCAGGCUCUGCUGCACCUGCUGCCACCAUAAUACAUGCCACGGAUCGCGACCUAGACGCAAACAAUCAUGCAGGGUCCUCAUCUCACACACCGCCGUUACUUGAUUGCUUUAAAACAUUUUCGAUUGACAAACCCAUUAGUAGUACCAGUACCUUACACAAGUUGAAUGCCCCAUCCAAGGAUAUGUAGCAAACUUUCGGCAAUGUUCUGCUACGCAUCUGAGCUUUUAAAGGAUUUCGGCAGCACUCCCUACGUUGUUACACAAUCCAUUUUAAAACACACUGCCAUACAAGUGAUAGACUUAAGAGGAAUUUACAUUUGCAUUGGUCCCCCUGGUCCGUGUGUAUGGCGUAUUUUUCGCAGUUCCAAGCUCUAUAGUAUCACACACACUCAUACGAACACGCACACACACAUACAUGCGCAUACAUACAUAACUACACGCAUAGGCUCACACGCGGAAAAGAUCUCAAGUCUGUAUGAACUGCAGACAUACGAAAUUUAGACAUUUAAAAGUAAAGAAUGCAACGCAUUUGUAUUCAUUUCAAUGGGAUAGUAUGGCAGGUUUUCAAAAAAAGAAGAGAAAAGAAAGAAAACAAAAAUUAGCGUAAAGCAUAUACGAUAAAAUAUUCAAACACCACCAACUCCAACUUCACCUCCAUCACCACCACUACCACCUUCGCAUCCAUUGGCUUUAUAGCAAAAGAAAACAUAAAUAGUAGAGAAUACAACCAUAUAGAGAGAUUAGCCUAAUUGCAAACCCCUUUAAUCGCACUUCAUCAUCUAUUCCUAUACAUUUCUAUAGCUUUUCGUUCCAUUUAAUGCAUUUUUGAGGCGUGCUGCCAUUAAACCCGCGCUCCUGCUUUUUUCUGCCAAUCCUGACGCCCAAUACUGUCUAUACAUAUAUUUAAUUAUUUGUAGUUUCUUUUUUAUUGGGCAACACGGCUGUUUAUAUUCAUAUUUUAUUUUUUUUAGAAAAAAGAUACAUGAUUAUCUUUAGAAGUGUAUGGUUAACUGAAAGCAGAACAGAACAUCGAAUUAAGCAUUACUCAGAACUCGGAUUAGAGUCAGCUCAGACCCUCUGCACAUCAAACUUUCACAUACAUACAUAAAUACAUAUGUACAUGCAAUAUAGUUCAUAUACAUACAUGCACACAUGUAUGUGGUUGACAGCCCUUCCUCCCCCCAGAUGGGUUGACAGUUGCAUUAAAAACAAAAGUAUAAAAUCAAAGUAAUCGUUAUAUAGGUCGGAACGAAUAAACCACAAGCCGCCACAUUAAAAAGAAACAAAAAUUUACAAUUUAUUUAUUAUUAAACAACAAAUAAAUUCAGUUAAAGUUCAAGUAUUAACGAAGAUGAAUUAAAUUGUAUACAUAAAAGAAAGAAUAUUGACUUAAAAAAUAUUCAGUAACUCGAAUGCGUUUAGUCCGCAUUAGAUUGAACGAGUAUGUAUACACAGACGUACAUACAUACAUACAUACAUGCAUACAAUAAAAAUGAUGAGUACAGUUACGUACAUACAUAUAGAUACAUAAA